CGCUGGAAUUGAGCGAAGCCGGCGAGCGAGAGAGAGAAAGUGAUGAUGGCCACAGUCAACACCAACAAACAUACUGUGAUCCAUAGGGCUGCCUCUAGAUCUCCGUUCAUUUCAACCGAUGCAUUCAUUCGUGUCUGCCUAAUCUUCUUUCUUCUACAAUCUAAAUUUGGUCAACCACCCAAACCCACCGGGUCUCUUGUCUUCAGUGUCUCCUUCUGCUCAUUCAAGUUGCCCCUCGACUCGCCCCAGGCUUCAAUGCCCUGUGAGGAGUCCAUAUUUCUCCUGUUGCAUGAAACCCUCUCUGCCUCUGGCAAUCCUAGAGGCAGCUCCUCGAAGCAUACGCACCCACAUUGGCAUCAAUCUGCGCCCACAGCACCGCCUACCUCGCCUUUCCCUUCUGCACCAGUCCACCGCAGCCACACUCACUGAACCAGAAGACCUUCCUCCGACAUCGCGUCGUCCUCCAGUCAUGUCGUCCGAAGCAGUAGAGUCGGAUAGUGAACUUCAAAGUCGCGGUCAACAGAGCCCAUUGGCUUCCCGACGCGCCCAAGACCACAACCCACGCAGAAGCCGAUUCGAGAACCUAUUCCCUUUGAGCUACAGGGAAGGUUUUAGUCAAUGGUGGAACGAUGUACCAGCGGCAGAAGCGGAGCAUAGAGUCCUAUCUUUUGUUCCCUACCUACAAAAGCCCCCGACCCAUACCCAAACCGGCUCAGAACCGCCAUCUGUGAACCCAUCGACCAUGUCAGUUAACGAAGAUCCUACGGCCAAAGCCCUUCCUGUGCGGACAACCUCUAUCACAGACCCCUACGGCCCUCGAACGUGGUAUUCCCGUAUGGUCCAGUUGUCUGGCAAGAACCGGGCCUUGAAUGAGUUCUCAGUGGAGCGCACGGGCGAGACUCCCGAGCAGAAUAUGGUCAUCCUGCACGGCUAUGGUGCUGGCCUGGGUUUCUUUUAUAAGAACUUCGAAGCACUGUCCCGUCCUCAAGGCUGGCGGUUGUUUGCACUCGAUAUGUUGGGAAUGGGCCGCUCAUCUCGUCCGCCUUUCAAAAUUAAAGCCAAGACUCGUGAAGAGCAAAUAAAAGAGGCGGAAGCGUGGUUCGUAGACUCUCUGGAGGAAUGGCGUGUGAAAAGAAAGAUUGACAAGAUGACUUUGGUUGGACACAGUAUGGGCGGCUAUAUGGCAGUGUGUUACGCAUUGAAAUAUCCGGGACACCUCAACAAGCUCAUCCUAGCUUCUCCCGUCGGUAUCCCCGAGGAUCCUUAUGCCACCCAUGCCGCCAUGCCCGAACCACCUGAAUCAACCCUACAAAAUGAGUUCACCCAAGACCAAUCAACGGAGACCGUCGGCCGAUCGAAUGCCAGCAACGGCAGCGCUCCGACCCCAAGACGGCCACUGCCUAAAUGGCUGACAUAUCUGUGGGAUGCCAACGUUUCCCCCUUCAGUUUCGUCCGGUGGUCUGGCCCAUUAGGUCCACGAUUGGUCUCGGGCUGGACAAGUCGACGAUUCUCACACCUACCGCGUGAGGAAGCCGUGGCUCUCCACGACUAUAGUUACAGUCUGUUCCGUCUCCGUGGCAGUGGCGAAUAUGCCCUGGCAUAUAUCCUUGCUCCCGGCGCUUUUGCCAGAAGUCCUUUGAUCCGCCGCAUACAGGGCGUCGGAAGACAGCCGUUACCCGUUACCAAGCCCAACUCCGGUUCCACAGAAACCGUGCGUGAGAAUGGCGUUCCGGUUGUCCUCAUGUAUGGAGAAAACGACUGGAUGGAUGUCAAAGGGGGCUAUGCUGCCAAAAGGAAGAUUGAUGAAGAACGUGAGCGGGCUUUGAAAGGCAAAUCGCCCGCCGAGAUAGCCGAGGAUCAAGGUGGUGCCAAAGUGGUCAUAAUCAAAGGGGCUGGUCAUCACGUCUACCUUGACAGCCCAGAAGAAUUCAACGAAGUCAUGCUUUCUGAGAUGGAGGAUGUCAAGAAGCGCACGUCAGGCCGGACGAAAGGUGGCAUGGGCGGUGUACAGGUCGUUGACAGGAAGGUUGACGACGAACCAUAAGCGGAGAACGAGUGGUGAGACACGAAACUAGAACGGGCGUGACUGGUAUUCCGCCGGAGGGUUAUAUCUGUCAUCAGCAGAAGGUGGAUUCCUUCAAAUCCACACGUCCAGCAUUGGACACGAUGAAUUGAACUGCAACUCGGCACGUUCGACUGUCUUUGCUGAGUUGUGCCUCCAAUAUGAGUCCGGGAGGCCACUCAAAGCCUGCUCAUCCUCGCAUUGCGAUCCUGCUUGGGGGCCACAAUUUCGGCUCAUACUGGACAACAGUACCGACGAUACUUCACUCAUCUAUCAACACUGAGAUGUCACGAACCCGGAGCUGUCAUGCUUAUCCCGUCAAGGAAUCUGGCGGCUACUCACCACGGGAGUUGCGUCAACCAUUGAAUCUCCAGCCUUGCCUGCUGUGAUGCGUCUGGGUUGGUCAUUCACAAGUUUCAUCCCCCUCCUAGCAGGUCAGAAGGGAGUAGUCUCCUACUCGCAUCCAGUCACGACAGUUUGUGCUCGUUCACCAUACAACGGCGCCCUGUCCUCGAAUCCGUCGCUGUUUCUAUCGCAGGCCACCCAGUAUUAGGUUUCGCUGGCGCCGUCCGUUAAACAGGGACAGCAGGAGAACUACAAUAACUUAUGGCUGGUUUCUCGACAUCAAACAGGUCACGUAAUGACCUAUCGAGCGCCUUCUUGGAUAUGUCUAUUGAGAGAGGUGUUGCUUCGGAGACGCGAGGAGGAAGGCGGUGGCCUUCCUGAUCGCAACGAGACGCCUGGAGCAAUACCACGGAGUACUCCCGAAGGAAACGGACAACCUACUGGGGUCCUUAGAGCAACGAACGCUUAGGGUGGAGGGUGGGAGUCAGGAGGGCUCCCGGUGGAUAGAUAGGCUAGAGACCUAUAUAGACCCGACAGGGACUAGAAUAGAUACAAGAGGUACUUCCCUGGGGAUUGAUAGAAGCAACCACAUCUCGCACAAUCUUCAGACCACAGGCUGUAUCUUCCAAGGCGGAUAAUGUUGGAACUGCCAAUGCGUCAAGACGCAUUUUACGCUUGCUCGUUACCAUGCUUGUCAGGUGUCUUGAAGGAAGAGGUCGGUAUCCUCUCGAGAUCGCGCAACAGAUUCUCCCCGGGGAUUGAUAGAAGCAACUACAUCUCGCACAAUCUUUUGAUGCGGUUCCUGCUCGCUCGCAGGCCGUACUAAGACAUGAACAACUUCCUGAUCCAGAAACUGAUGUAAGGUGGCGAUGGCAUUUAGGACGGCUUCCUAACAGUCAUGUUGGGCUUGGAUGGCUUGGAUGGCUUGGAUGGCUUGGAUUCUAGCCUCGCAACCAGCGAUGUCAGAGCCCAGGCGUAUUAUUGUUGUAUCAUUCAAUAUUGGUUGCCAUAUAGCUUGCCGCUCUGCUCGGAAUUAGUUGGGUCAGGGAGCAAAAAGGAAGGAGCCAUACCAGCGGAGAGUUGCAACCACUCAUCCAUCAUGAUAUUGAAUGUCAAAGGGGAUGCUGCCAUCAUGAUCUUGAUGACACCGGGAUCGUCAGAGUUUCGACAUUUGGUGAAUUCUUCCACACGCCACGAAUGCAUGAGCGCGUUUACUC